AAAAUUGUAGUCUAGUGAGUCAAUAAAAUUUCUUCUAGGGCCUGGGAUGCUCGUCAAGUACAAGGGAUAUUGAAACCACACUGUUUAGUCAAAUAACACAAAAUAGCCACAACAACUGGCAGUACAGACCUGCCGAGGACAUGAAGUCGAACUUGCUCGUCCACUUGUCUCUGCCUCUCUUCUUUCUUAUGCACAAUCUGAUUUGUGAUAAUCAGACAUGUUCGAAACUUGAAUUUAUGCAAAUGCAGGAAAAAAUUGUAGCUUUUGAAGGCAGCCCUGUCAGCCUCAUGUUCUACCUGGACACAAAGCAGUGCUCUAACAAGACUAACUACACCAUCAAAGUCUCCAGGGAUGACAAUGGUUGGCACACAGACAUCUGUAUCAUUACCCUUGAUGACAAAUGCACGGUGUCUCGUCACUCAUCAGACUGCUCCUGUCUCUCUCACCUCGGCCCCAUGCUGUUCUCCAAGAAUGUCACCAGCGAUGACAACACUGUGUACGUCUGGAGAUGGGGCGAAAAGCUUCGACCAUUUAAAAAUGAGAAAAGAAUCAAAUUUGAAGUUGCCAGUGAACCCCCGGGACGUGGGCAAAAUGAUGAAGGUGGCGGCGCUAAAGCAUCUCACGUGAAAGGCGCCGAGUCCAAGAACGACAAGUCAAUGGUCGUAAUCAUCAGCACGACGACUGCUGUGUGUCUGGUGGUCAUCGCAACUGUCGUCAUAACGGCCAUCGCAUGCCGCAGGAGAGCUAGAAGAGGGUUUGAUGGAACACGCCUCAGGCACGGACACCACAAGGCUCUGAUGGUCUCAUACACCCGAGACACCCCACUGGCAACCAAAACACUCGUCGACCCGGCAAGAGACACUUAUGAAGAAAUUGAGGAUGCUCCAAAGCCGCCUGGACGAUGUAGAGUGAGCCUCAGGACUGGAGUGAGUCUGCCCCCCAUUCCUGUGUCCCACCUGUACGUUGAGACCCCCUGCUCCACCCCGGGUAGCCAGCGUGAGAUACAGGAACACUCGGUGGAGUACCUGCACCCACUGGUGGUGGCUGGCACGCGAGCCGAGGAAAUGGCGGAGUUCCGAGUGGUGAGCUGUGCUCAGUCCCAGGCCCACUACCGCCCGCUCAGUAGCUCCAUGUAGAGCACCCGCUCUGCCGCCGCCAUUUUGGGGGAACAAAUAUCAUUAUGAUACUCUGCUUUUUUUGUUUGACGUAUUUGUAGCUAUACUUUUUGUUUGACGUAUUUGUAGCUUUACUUUUUGUUUGACGUAUUUGUAGCUAUACUUUUUGUUUGACGUAUUUGUAGCUAUGUUUUUUUGACAUAUUUGUAGCUAUGCUUUUUGUGUCGACAAUCGAUGCCACCAGUGUGCAGUAUGGCCGAUCCCAGUUUAGUGGCGAACACGACCACUGCUGCAUCGGUCGGCCAUACCUGCCUGUGUGUCAAUAAGAGAUGGAGAAUGCGGAAUAGAACAUCUCUUAAAUCCUUCGAUUAUAAACUGACUUAAGUAUGCCAUCUGUGCAGUAGGAGUAUUUUUGUCUCUCGGGUAUCAUCGCUACAAUUGUUUUUCAUAAACGGAUAGGGGUCCUUUCAAAUAUCUGUCGUCCCCCUUCUGAGUAUUUUAUCCACAGCAUACCGUGCUAGCGGUGUGCCUACAAACAAGUUCUAGGGUGUAGUUUGCUCAGAGUAAGAUCCUAAUCCGUGAAUACCCACCCCCACUCCCCUCUACCCCUCUUUCUUCUUCCGUUCUGGAAAACGCGCCUACAGGUCACCCUGCGCAGAAAGAGGGCAAUCUCGUGACGUCACGCUUGUACACAGACACACCUCACGUGGUCCCAGAGUGUGACAGAGAGAGUGUGAGAAAUGCACUCCAUGAUAGUGUAACAGGAUAGUGAGUUUGUAGGCGUGAGUCUCAAACAGAAAGAGUUUCUAGAUGUUGGAAAAUGUUAUCUUGCACUGAAAUGUUCCCAGUCAUUAGAAAAAUUGCAUCCCCCCUAGACCUUUCACGUUGUACAAAUUUUAUUUUUAUCGCCAGUAGUGAAAAAUCUCGCUGCAUUUUUAAAAUGUUGACAUGGUAUCUUGUCAUUCAAUGUUAGUGUAGCGGGUGCCCUAGUUUAAUUAAGGCAGGUGUUGACAGUCUUUGUUCUCUCCACCCCGCACCCCUUGCCACAAAUUCAGUCACGCGACAGGCGCAGCGCGAGACGGCGACAACAGCGGGUGACGUACACCCAAAGUGUCCACAAUAAACAACAGGCAAAAACUCAGUGUUUGCACCUGUUAUCGAAAGGAGACUGGUCCCUUCUUGAAAAAGCAGUCAAACUCUAGUUGUGACCUCCCUGAGUACGAGAGUAAUACCACCUCGCCGCAAGGUGUCUUGGUCCCUGACGUCACUCAUCCCCCUCUUUCCCCACCCCAGGGACUUAGGUGCUAGGUUUUAGUAGGUAAGUUAGAUUAAAAUAUAGUAGGUGUAUGUGUAAAUUAUGUAAAUAAUUGAAAUUGAAAUAAAUUGAAAUUAUUUACCUGGUCAUUAACAUACCCAUAUCCUGUGUUUUAUUCCAUUCACUGCUACUGUAACCCUCAUAGCUACUUUAUAGGCACUGCUGUAAAUAAUUAUCUCAAAGGGAUGAGAAACUUAAAUAAAUAAACUUUACUAUCACGUCCUGCGGGAAGAGUGAAUGAAAGGAGUUUGAGUGUUCAAAAUGAAGCAAAGAAUGAAUGAAUGAAAGCAUUUCAGUGUCACACACCAUGUGAUAUAUAGAGAAAUAUCAUUGUGUCGCUGCAAAAGAAAGAAUACUUCUGACCUCGGCAUAAAAACACUACCUUUGCUCACCUUGAGCUUGGCACACAACCACUCCUUGUGAUCCUGCAGUUGUUUCCGUUUCUGCUUCUCCUAUUCAUACUAUUAUGGUCGUGAUCCUAGACAAUUGUUACCUAUAUGCAGUUUAUAUAUAAAUAUUGUGAGAUUGUCUAAAGAGAAUGAGAAGCGCAGUUUGUUAACACAGUAACACUGACACUGACC